ACUACAAUGCCAACAAAAGACGAAUGUGCUUUUUCCACCUAUAAAACAAAUAACCUUGGCGAUAAAUUUUUGGAAGAAAAAUGGAUUACUAGUGGAAGCUUAGGAUCCCGCGAUAGCGUACUUGUUUUCCGCCAUAAGAAUUUGGAAAAGAAAUCGAAGGACAUUAUAUUGUCUUCGAAAAAGGAAAUUUCAGAUACCAAUAAGAAGAACGCUGUUUUUAACGAUUUCGUUGCAAAGGACGUUUCUGGGCUUAAACUUUAUAAUAAUAGUUUACCUUCUUUAGAUGUUAUUCGAAAAGACAACGUAGCGCUGCCGAAACAUGUUACUAACUUUUUGAAUAUGGAUAUUACGACAUCUAAUAUGGAGCAAAGUAAUUCCUACGAAACUUAUCAAGACACAAAUAAAGUUUAUGAGGAGGAUGACGACGAAAUUAUUAUGCAAUUCUCUAAUAUGCCAGCUUAUAAAAUGAAAAUUAAGUAUAAGUUUAUGCAAACUGAAACCAAGCUUUUGAGAAAAAUUUUUGCUUGUCAUGGCUUGUCUGAAGUCGGGGAAAAUGAGAGUUUCAGCAUUCUUUGGACAGGUGUACAUAUAAAACCUGAUAUUCUAAGAAAUCUUGCGCCUUAUCAACGUGUUAAUCACUUUCCAAGGUCUUAUGAAUUAACACGUAAAGAUCGUUUGUACAAAAAUAUUGAAAAAAUGCAACAUUUGCGUGGUAUUAAAAAUUUUGAUAUCGUACCACAGUCUUUCGUUUUGCCAAUUGAAUAUAAGGAACUAGUCUCAGCGCAUAAUAAAAACCGCGGUCCGUGGAUUGUAAAACCAGCUGCUUCUAGUCGUGGACGUGGUAUUUUUAUUGUUAAUACACCAGAUCAAAUACCGCCGGAUGAGCAAGUUCUAGUUUGCAAAUACAUUACCGAUCCCUUAUGCAUCGAUGGUCAUAAAUGCGAUUUACGUGUUUACGUACUUGUUACGUCAUUUGAUCCACUAAUUAUUUAUAUUUAUGAAGAAGGUCUUGUUAGACUAGCUACAGUAAAAUAUGACCGUGCUACUGAAAACCUAUGGAAUCCUUGUAUGCACCUUUGUAACUACAGCAUUAAUAAAUAUCACUCAGAUUAUAUUAAAUCUAGUGAUGCCGAAAUUGAAGAUGUUGGUCAUAAGUGGACUCUCUCCGCUUUAUUACGACAUUUAAAAUCACAAGGUUGUAAUACUUAUGAAUUAAUGGAGAACAUUGAAGAUUUGAUAAUUAAAUCUAUAUUUGCUUGUGCUCAAACUAUUAUAUCAGCUUGUCGCAUGUUUGUUCCAAGCGGUAGCAAUUGUUUUGAAUUGUACGGAUUUGAUAUCUUAAUUGAUAAUAGUCUUAAACCUUGGCUUUUGGAAGUUAAUUUAUCUCCAUCAAUGGGCGUUGAUAGCCCGUUAGACUCUAAAGUAAAAACAUGUCUUAUUACGGAUCUCUUAACAUGUGUUGGUAUUCCAGCAUAUUCUACUGAGAUGCGAGCCCAUUACGACAACAAAUGGACGCGUUUUCGUAAUAUAAACUCUACUCGACGAAUUACAUUAGCGGAUCAAUACAUGAGCGGCAAUUGUAACGGCACACGUCGUUUAACAGCGAGUUCCAUCCCUACACAACAAACGCUUACGCUAGAAGAACAAAGAAUUAUUAAAAAUGCCAGAUUACAAUAUGAUAGGCGUGGCGGAUUCGUUCGUAUUUUCCCGACAGAUGAUAGCAUGCAACGCUACGGUAGCUUUCUUGACAAUUCUACAGGAAUACCAAUAUCAACUCCAAUGGCACAUGGGCAAAUGCCGUACUCUAUGAUCCUACCCCAUAAUUAUAACCAAGUUUUAUUUAAGUGCUUAUAUGCGAAUGCAAAAUAUAAAAAAGAAAGUAAUGAACUUUUACAAAGAAUGUGUCAAUAUGAACGUGCACUAGCAGUUGGAUCAUUAGUGUCAUUUAGUAGUAAAAGUCUUAAAUUAAAAUCUGUGGAAGAAGGAAAACGUUUACGCAUUGAAAUUAUAAAAUUGAUUGAUAAUGGCUCUGAACUAACUCAAUUGCAAGCUAGACAGGCAUUCGCAUUAUACUUAGAAGCAAUUUUACAUCGAAUCACUCAUGAACCGAGAGAUUUUCAUGAAAAGAUAAUUUUAAAAUUCUUGAAUAGGUUAGGGGGCAAUAUUAAAACACCGACAGUACCUUUUCAUAACCCAAAGAACUCUCGUGGUAAUAGCAAAGCCAGAACAGCUAUGGUCGCAAAACAGUUGGGCGAUUUUCUUGAGCAAUACAAUCGAGAUACGGAAGCUUACGUGGAUUCGUUUGAUCAUUUCGGUAUGAUACCUAGUGGAUUAUUCGGUGACUUUUUGGCUCAAUCUCAAGAGGCAGAUUUGGAGGCUGUCUUAGCACUUCAUACGAAUGUUACUGGUAACAUGCCGUACCUUUAUAACAGAUUUGGAUUAUCAGUGCCUCAAACCCCUCCUAUACCGUCUGGAUUACAUGGGUUUCUAAGGGCUUUGCCAGGUAUGGUGUUAACUGGUUCUGUCGCCAGAGACUUUAAUAAAUUUGACGGAUAUUAUAAAAACAACGAAAAGAAUUUUAAUAUCUUGAGAAAUUGAAAUGUAAUUAAAACGUCUAACAAUCAAAUAAAUAAUAAAUUAACUGMUUUAAACAAUUAAGUAAACAGUAUUGGUUGGAUCUACCAAUAGAU